UGUCGUGCCGCCAAGCUCAUUUCCAGUCCGUAUGCACGCGGAAGCUGCGGGUCCGACUGGCUGCAGGUAGAUCGCGAUUAUUCCGGGCUGGUGCGAAUUAUGCGCGGUCGAUCGCGAUAGAGGAGACGCCGACGUACCACGGCUGACGGAUCGGGCCGGUCACGCGGCGCGCGACACCUCGCAAAUCACCCUCUGGAGUGCUUUUAUAUGCGAGGUCGCCAUUUUGGUGAUAUACGCCGAGCCGACGAUUCGAGCGGAGUGUAGCCCUUAUGAUCUUUUUAUCUCCCUUUUUCGCACGGCCCAUCCGCGCUAUCGCCCUCAGCCGAACGACGGCCCAAUAACGUCGGAGAUGACACAGCAAAACAAAACGAUGAAUUUCCUAAUACACGACGCUAAUGGACAUCCACAAGUGAUAAAAGUAGUGCAAAGUACCCCUAAUAAAGCAUUAAGUGGUAUUGUUAGCACAACAAAUGCAGGUGGCCUUAAAGUGUUUAAAGCUCCUAAUCAAGAAACGCAGGUUUUAUCAUCGAAUACACAAGUUCUCAGGACUAUUAGCUUGCAGAAUCCAUCUACACCUGGUCAGAGACUCGUAACAAUACCUUUGCAAAAUACUAAAGUGACAACAUCAAAAGGAGGGGAAUCUAUGAUGACCAAGACCAUACAGCUAACUUCUGCACAAAUGAGCGACAUAAAACAAGCUAUUGCAUCCCAACAGCAGCAACAACAGCAGCAGCAACAGCAGUCUAACACUUCGCAACUUGUUAAGGAUGCUACUGGGAAAACUUUUAUCAGUCCAAUAUUAGAUCACAGUGGAUCUAGAAAAAGACAAGAUGUGGAAAGUGGCGAUUUUGUGCCUGAUAAACGGAGAAAAGCAGAAAAGGUCGGGAAAGGGUUGAGACAUUUCUCGAUGAAAGUCUGUGAGAAAGUGAAAAAGAAAGGUACCACUUCCUACAAUGAAGUAGCGGAUGAAUUGGUUGGUGAAUUCACUAAUCCUGCUCACAUAAAUUCUCUGACAGAUCAGCAAUACGAUCAGAAAAAUAUUAGAAGACGCGUAUACGAUGCUCUAAACGUGUUAAUGGCGAUGAAUAUCAUUUCGAAAGAGAAAAAAGAAAUCAGGUGGCUCGGUCUGCCCACUAAUUCAUUACAGGAAUGUGUAGCAUUAGAAAAAGAUAAGAAGAAGAAGAUUGAGAGAAUCAAAGCUAAAACGCAGCAAUUGCACCAGCUAAUCCUCUCUCACAUUUCUUUCAAGAACUUGGUUGAACGUAAUCGUUUAAACGAGAGUCUUCGCGGGCCACCGAAACCCAAUUCUGCCAUACAGCUGCCAUUCCUCAUUGUGAAUACCAGUAAAAAGACUGUCAUAGAUUGCAGCAUUUCAAAUGACAAAACCGAGUACCUGUUUAAUUUUAAUGAUAAGUUUGAAAUUCAUGACGAUAUCGAAGUGCUGAAGCAAAUGGGUCUAGCUUUUGGAUUAGAAAAAGGAGGAUGCACUGAAGAAAAUUUGCAAAAGGCGAAAUUAAUGGUUCCGAAAUCACUCGAGAAAUAUGUAGAACGAUCGAUCGUUGCAGAGUUAGCAUCAGGCGAUUUAGAGAAGUUUAUUCCAGUAACUAUUCCUGGUCCAAGUACAUCGAUCGAGGAUUUAGAUAUGAAAUUGGAAGGUUCUCGGCCCCCGUCGUCGUCACAUACUUCAUUAUCGGAAGAUCCUUUAUCGCCACCGUCUCAAUACUAUUCGGAGGAAGAGGACGACGAGGAAGAAAGUGACCAAGAUGAUCAGGCUGAUAGUGAUCUUGACGCUAACUAGCAUCCCGAAUAACUCUUCAAAGGCCAGACUCAGGGAUACUCGCCACUAUCAUCAGCGAUAUGCCAACAUUAAUAAUAUCGUCGUUGUUGCCAAUAUCGUCUUCACCCCGGUCGCCAGUUUUUAACAUAUAUCGAACAAGGAUAAGAAUUGAUAAUUGUGAAGUGAGCGAAAUGUAAAUCUGUGAGGUAAAUGAGAAUGGUCAAAGGAGAAAUAUGUUGAUUGGGGCCAAGGAGAAAACGUAGCAAUUAAUUGGGCUGAUUGAAUUGGCAGAUCGAAGUGGCAUUUUUUUUUUCGUAUCAAGUAAUAAAAUGGUUUGAUGCACUCGUGCGCGCGCGCGCGCACGCGAAAUGAUCGAAAUAAAUGAAUGACUGAAUGGGGUGCUAUAUUUUAGUUGUGCAUCAUCAUACAAGUUUAUAUGACUAGCGUCUAUGUAUUAUAAAUUAUAAUCUUACAAUAUCAUAAUAUUAUGUGUACGAGAUAUAUUGACCAGUACUCAUUUUCUUAUGGCACGUUUAUAAUACCAAUUGUCUGUGGUAAGCAGUAAAAUGACGUACGAUAGAUGCAGGCGCACAUUUGACUCGAAUUAAAAAUACAAAUAAAUUGUAAUAAUGUUAUAAUAUGAA